AUGGCGCGGAGCUUCUCGACGGACACGUCCGCCGACGGGGAGGCCGGGGCGCGCGUGGCCUGCGGCUCAAUCCAUUCAAGCUUGAGGCUGAGGUCGUCCUGCGUUGUGCGAAUGCCAGAAGGCACGCGCAGGGCGGCGCGACAGGUGGCAGCGCUGCUCCGUCGUGGCCGCGCUGUGGAAGUGGAAGGGGAUGAGGAAGACUGGACCAAGAAGAGGCGCUGGGCCCGGAGUGCCGCCAUGCUUCCCUGGAGGCUGGCGACUGGACUGCAGCGGGUUUCGAAGGCGAAGUGGCUCCAAGGUUUUGCUGCUUCCCGUGUCGUGUUGAUGAACUGA